AACAGAUACAUGCCCCCCCGUUGGCCGAUUUAUGAUUUGUUUGAAUUGAUCAGAUCAAUAGACUGGAGAUUCUUUUGCCAAUAAACAACAUAACAUAUGAACAUAGUUGACUUUGUAUAAAUUUUUGGUUAAUUCUUUUUUAUUGUGAAUGCACGAGCGCAGAAUGUUAGGAGAAUUCAUCAGUAUAUUCUCUACGAUUCUAUAAGAUUAUAUCUCAAGUUGUUGCCAGUUUUUGAUUAUUAAAAGCAUGAUAAAUGAUCUCAAACUGUAUCUAGUCCAUAUGUAUCAAAAAUUAAAAUGACUAAAACUUAUUUGUUCAAACUAGUCCAUAUGUAUCAAAAUGACUAAAAUAAGAACACUAAAAGAGUAAAUGAUAAUUAUAUCUUUCUUACAAAUAUGUUAAAUAAAUAUUUAAAUUAAAAAAUUUCAAAAUUUAAUUUUACAAAAAUAUUUUUGGGAAAAAUGAUUUUUUCUUAAAAGAAAUUAGGAAAAUCUUACCAAAUUUGUAAGAUAUCUUCUUGGAUUUGAGUUAUAUGAAUAUUUAGAAACUAUAUUAUUGAAUAAGUAUAAUAUCUUCUCAAAACAGAAGAUAUUGACAAAUAUGUAUUUAAAAUACCUUAUUAAAUAUGUUUUUAGGAAGAUGUUUAUUUAAAAAAACUUUCAUGAAUAUAUCUUUUUUGUCGAUGAAAUAUAUAUUUAUGAAUACCUUACUGAAUUGCUGAUAAAAAGAAUAUCUUACUGAAUUUGAAUUAUACAUAUAUUUAGUAAAUUAUUUUUGAAUAUACAUAACAUCUCCCUAAAAUUUUAGAAAGACAUUUUUGAAUUUGAUAUCUAAAUUUUAUAAAAAAACUUCUAUGUAUAUAUAUAUUUAAAUAAGCAUAUAAAUUAAAUUGAGGAAAAUUUCGUACACAUUUAGUAAGACCUUUCUAAAUAAAAUAUAAGUUACAUUCAAGAAGAGUAAUUGCAUGUUUAUGAAAAUAUUUUAAAAUUCAGGGAAAAAUAUUUACAAAUUAAGGAAAAUAUUAUAGAUAUUCAAAAAUGUUCUCCUAAAUCUUUUUAAGAAAACAAAAUAUUUCCCAAUUUUUUGUUUUUGUGAAAACUCAAAAAUUGAAUAAAAAAAUCCUUUGAAAAAUGUAUUUUGAUUUUUUUUAAUAUCUACUUAUUUUUAUAUAUUUAAUAAAUAAUUAAGAAAAUUAUCAAUGAUGAAUAAUUAUCAUUUAUUUCUUUAAUGGAAUAUAAUUUGAUUACUUUGAUUUUUGAAGAGAAAUUGAUUAAAAUACCCACGUUGGUUAACACUUUUUCAAAAUUUUAUAAAACAUUUGAGUUUGGGGUUUAAUAAUUAUGGUUUAGAAUUCAAUAUUUAGGGGGUGUGGUUGAGUUUAUAAACUUAAUUUUUAUACAUUAUUCUUAAAUAUUUAUUAAUGAUUUAGGAGACUUAAUUUAUUUUUAUCAUAUAUUUAAGGUAUUUAUGAAAAUAGUUAUCUUUUAAGGGUAAAUUUUAAAAGUAGUAUCCGACUUUUCUGUAAAAUUGAAAUUUUCCCAAUUCUGAACAUUUUCUGGAAUAUAGUUUUUAGUAUUUAUAAUUUUAAUUGUAUAUUAUACAUGUAGGUAACUGUUAUAUAAAGUAGAUCCCUAUACUAUGAUGAUAAUGUGUUGAAAAUGUAAUUAUUAAUCUACUUAUAUAAACUACUAGAAAUUUAUUUAUAAUAUUCCCUACAAGUACAACUCAAAACUAUUGUACAAAAUAAAACCUAUGUCCAUAAUCAUGCUCACAGAGAAUCUAAUCGUUAUUGAAACACUGAUGGUGUUGGCUCUGAACUUUAAUUAAUGGUAAUAAAGAAGGUCUAGUCUCUUACAUCCAUUAUUUUGUGAAAAUAAUUUGCACUGGAAACCAUUUCCUAAUCUUUAUUUCGAUGUUAUUUAAAUUAAUAAAUUUGAAUAUUUUAUUUGUUUGACUUUGUUUAUUAAAAAAAAAAUGCAACAUGAGGGAUAUACCAACGUAGAUCCUUUUAAGUAAGUUUUUUUUAUUUUUGAAACUUUGAUAAAUUUUAGAUAAGUUUAUUGAAACUAAUCUGUGUGUAUUAUUUUAAGUUUUCAACGUAUGAAGAAAGUUAGUUAACUAUGAGCUGACUAUAACAGUUAUAAAUGAAGGUGUUGUGGCGGCAACAACGUGCUUUCUUUGUGUCAAUUCUUUCAUCCUGAGACUAUGUCACAAACUCACCAAACUUAGGGUUAAGUCUUCAUCUUUUCCUCAUGUUCUCUGUUCGAACAGAACUACUUGGUAAGUUCUGUAUUGCCUGAAAUCUCCAUUGCUCUAUUAGCGUGGACCUUCUGGGUAUAGCGCAGUGAACAACAUUCGUCUUUUUUUUGUUAAAGGGUUUAAAAAAUGUUUCAGGUUAAGCAAUGGAAGAAAAGAAAGCAUCAAGCGACCUAUCUCUGCCUCCUCCACCACCUCCUGUUAUAGCUGUAGCCAUUAAUGGAAAGAAGAAGAGCAAAUACCCCAUCUUUUGGGCGCUUGAGAAGUUCAUACCCGAAGGCUUCUCCGAUUUCAAACUGCUCUAUGUUCGUCCUCCCAUCACUCACAUCCCUACCCCAAUGGGGAAUGCCAUUAUGAUAACAGAGCUAAGACAUAACAUAGUAUCAGCUUACCUAAAAGAAGUUGACAGGAAAACAAACGAGAUGCUUCUUCCUUACAAGAAAAUGUUCGAAAGCAGAAAGGCGAGGGUAGAGAUUCUUGUAAUGGAAUCAGACGAGCCCGCAGAUGCCAUAGCAGAAGAGAUAGCUGGAACUGGAGUCACCAAACUCGUUAUAGGGACGUCUCUUCGCGGAUUCUUUUCGAGAAAGAUCGAAAUGUCUUCCAUGAUCGCAACCGCGGUUCCAAGUUUCUGCACGGUGUUUGUUGUCUCAAAGGGGAGGCUAGCUUCUAUGCGUCCUUCCGAUUCAAACGCUAGUGUAAGCAUAACAUGCGAGAGAAGCAGCACCACUAGUGGCUCCACUGAUAGUCCUAGAGCCCCUUCUGAGUCCCAAGACUCUGUUUCGGAAGCGCUGUCUCUAAGCGAGGUGGUUCAAAUGGAUACGAGUUCUAGCGAGAUGGAGCAGUCGGAAGUGUCUACAGGGAGAGGGAUGGAGAUUGUGCAGAGAGGUGAUGAAGGGAAGAAGAGAAUCAAUAGGAAUGAGAGCUUUGGUGCAUCGUUUCCAAUGGGAGUGGAGGCGUAUAACGCGAUGAGCUGGACUUCUAGAUGGAGAGAUCACGAGGAAAGGAGAGAGGUCGUGAGCUCGUCUUCAAGCAACAGCCACGAGAUAGCGAACAUGGAUUGGAGAGCAGUGGCUCCUGAGAGUGAGAACUCUUCUUUGGGUUCUCAGCAAGCUUCUAACAUGUCUGAAGGACUCUUCAGUGUUAACUCCAUGACUGAUAAUCAGGCGAAUCUGAGCUUUGAGAUAGAGAGGCUAAGAGCCGAACUGAAACAUGUUGAGGAGAUGCAUGCCAUGACUCAAACUGAGACUAUCGAUGCCUCGGAAAAGCUAACUGAUCUUAACCAGAGAAAAUUCGAGGAAUCAGAGAAGCUUGUGGAGCUGAAAGAAGAGGAAGAAGUAGCUAAAGAUACAGCUUCAAAGGAGAAGGAAAGAUACGAAGAGGCAAUGAAGGAGGCAGAGAAGGUCAAAGAAAGCAUGAUGCAUGAGGCUUUACAUAGAAGAGAAGCAGAGAUCAAAGGAGAACGCGAUGCUAAAGAGAAAGAUAAGCUCCAGGCUUCUCUCGUCUCUCCAGGGAUCCAAUACCAACAUUACUCCUGGGAGGAACUCGCAGCUGCCACUUCUGACUUCUCUGAAGAUCUCAAGAUUGGUAUUGGAGCCUAUGGAACCGUCUACAAAUGCAAUCUGCAUCACACCACCGGUGCUGUCAAGGUCCUUCACGCUGGAGAAACUCAGCUCUCUAAACAGUUUGAUCAAGAGCUUGAGAUCUUGAGUAAGAUCCGUCACCCUCACCUAGUCCUCCUCCUCGGAGCAUGCCCUGAACGAGGCUGCCUCGUCUAUGAGUACAUGGAAAAUGGAAGCUUAGAUGACCGUUUGAUGCUAGUCAAUGACACAUCUCCUAUCCCUUGGUUCGAGCGUUUCAGGAUUGCUUUAGAAGUAGCUUCAGCGCUUGUCUUCCUCCACAAAUGCAAGCCUAGACCCAUCAUUCACCGCGACCUUAAACCAGGAAACAUCUUGCUUGACCACAACUUCGUCAGCAAACUAGGUGAUGUUGGUCUCUCCACAAUGGUUAACCAAGACGACGCUGAUUCUAAAAUGACGGUCUUGAAGAAAACAAGCCCAGUGGGAAAUCUCUGUUACAUUGACCCUGAGUACCAGAGAACCGGCCUCAUCUCACCAAAAUCAGAUGUGUAUUCUCUAGGUGUUGUGAUUCUUCAGCUGAUUACCGCGAAACCCGCGAUAGCCAUUACACAUAUUGUGGAAGAAGCUAUUGGUGAUGAUGCUGAGUUUAUGGGACUGUUGGAUGUUAAAGCUGGAGCUUGGCCUGUUAGUGAGACUCGUGAGUUAGCUGCUUUGGGACUGCGUUGUACGGAGAUGAGACGCAGAGACAGACCCGACCUUAAAGAUGAGAUCAUCCCGGCUUUGGAACGGCUUAGGAAAGUCGUCGAUAAAUAUCAAAACUCGCUCUCUAGAACUCCGUCUGGUCCUCCAUCUCACUUAAUUUGCCCACUUCUCAAGGGAGUGAUGAACGAGCCGUGCUUAGCUGCGGAUGGUUAUACUUACGAGCGUGAAGCCAUAGAUGACUGGCUGAGAGAGAAGGAUACGUCGCCGGUGACUAACCUUCCAUUGCCUAAUAAGAACCUUCUUGCCAAUUACACUCUUUACUCAGCAAUCAUGGAGUGGAAAAAAUCUAAUAAACAAUAGUGAGAGAGAGAUUCAACAACAAGCACAAUCUACAAUGCUCAAGUCUUCACGGUUCUUUCAUGAAGCGUGCAAAAUUUCUCUAGUUCAGAAUCAUACAAUAUGAUCAUUCUUAUGAAUCUUAUCGAACGAAAUUAGUAUUUUUAAUAUAAGAACAUCUCCAAAAGAUAUUCUGUAACUUCAAAUAUGAAGUUUUUUGCAAUAAAAAAAAACUUCAAAACUUGAAGUUUUGAGGAGUGAAACUCUAUAUUUGAAAUUUCACUGUUCAAAACUUCAAAUUUGAAGUUUCAUAUUUUUAUUUGCAUUUUGGUCCAUAUAAUCACAUAUCACUUUUAUGAUCCAUAAAUAUUUUCUCGUUUAUUUUUUUAAUCCUUAAAAAAAUUACAUCUCAUAAAUAUUUUAAAUUUUACACAUAACAUUAAAUAAAACUUUAAAAUAAGAUUUAAAAUAUUUUAAACUAGAUUUAGACAACAAUAAUAUACAAAAGAAACUUAACAAAAAGAUUUUAAAAAGUACAUGAAGACAUAACUAUUAUACAAAUUUAAAUAUUACAACAACACUAAUAGCCAGGUAAGUUUGAUCCAGAACCUUCAAAAUUUUCAAAUAUUAUCCAAUUUUUUCUGUGUAACUGAAAAAUGGUUGUUGUUGUUGUUGUUAUUUUUGAUAUCUUUUUCUUGCAAUUCUUCUUGUUCAUAUCUAAUAUAUUCACGAAUAUUAAUAUCAUCGAAAAAAAAUUAGUCUUUUAGCAAUAUUUUAUGUUUCUUUUUUACUUUUUUGUUCCGAUCUAAUGUAUUUACAAGUAUCAAUAUCAUCUGAUUUUAACAACUUUUAGCUCGUAAUUUACAAAGUAAAAAUAAGAAGAGCCAUUUUUACUUUGAAAUGAAACUAAUAGAUCAUAUAUGCAUUACGAAAAUCAUUUUAUGGAAUAAUAUGGUAUUUUGUUUGAAGUUUAAUAUUAAUUAAGUUAUUUUUAUUUAUUUUUUUAUAUUUUAAUAGAAUAUUUUAUUAAUUAAUAUUGUUGUAAUAUCUUUAUAUAUGUGCUAGUUAUUUACAAAAGUUAUAGGGUUUCAAAUUAGUUAUGAAAAAUAUAAGGACCAUGUUAUAAAAUAUAAGUAGUUUUGAAGUUGAGUUUGAAGUUUUGAUUUUGGAGAAAAACACUUUUAAAUUUCAAAAAUAUAGAGUUUUGGAAACUUCAAAAUAGAGUUUCUUUUUGGAGAUGCUCUAAGUGCAAAAGUCUUGAACUUACUUUUGUAGGUUAUCUAUACUCUCUCCAAAAGUGUGUUUAUACUUAUGUUAAAAAUAUUUUUAUCUCUUAUUAAUGUAAAUUCUAUGUGUUUUGUUAAUUAGUGAUUAAAAACUCUGGGUAAAAUUGAAUUUUUUUAUUUAAAUAUAUAAUUGGAAAUAAAAAUGAUACUUUUAAUGAAACAAAAUUGUAAAAUAUAAGAACAAUUAAUAAUCCAACACAGGAGUGUAUCUGGAACCAAAAAAACUGAACCGAACCGAAAAACAAGGUUCAUAUUGGGAUCUUAUCAGUUAUCCGAGUGAAUUUUAUAUUUCUAGAACCAAAAAUCCAAAUUUAUAUAAUAUAAUUUAUAUACUUAUAAUAUUAACUAUAUUUAGGUUUAAACGAUCAAAAAACAAAAAUAUUAUUUAUAAUUUGAAAUACUCAAAAAUGAAAUACCAGAAUAAUUGUUAUUUGAAAUAUUUAAAAUUAUCUGAAUUAUCUAAAUUUUAUCUGGAAAUUUGAAAAUCUGAUAUUAAUCCCCAAACCCCAACUUUUUGACUUUUUUUUUAAUCUAGAAUUAACCAACAAAAACGAAUUGAAAACAUAUUAGAUGGUUCCUAAUUUUGUUACCAAAACUGAACCAAUAACUAAAAUAAUUAAAUCUAAACCGAAGCGAAUUUUCUAAAUAUCCGAACAGAUCAUAGACUUCUAGAACAUAAGAACUAAAGAUUCAAAUCGGAAUAGAACUAAAAAUUGAAUGCCCAGGGCUAGAUGGUCUAGUGGUAGACGAAAUUUCAGGAAGGUAAGUGGUCAGUUAAUUCGAAGCAACCCUACAACACUACAUGCCCACGCAUAUAUAGGUUAUGUUUUGGGUUUUAUUUGAAUAUCAGAAUGGAGAUCUAUUUGUGGGGUAAUCUUAAUUUGGGGAUUAGUGUGAGCCAUUCUAUAAACUAAUAUGGGAUGAAUCUCAAUUUGGAGAUUACUGUAAGUACUUUAAGAAACGUUGAGAAGUUGAUGUCAAACAAAAAAAGCGUCAAGAAGUUCAUGUGUGGAAAUACGGAACGGCAAGUUCGUUUGGAGUAUUCUGAGAUAUUGUUUCUUUAAACAGAUUUAUGUCCCUCAUUGGUCAAUUUAGUUUCUUUCGGACUUGUCUGAAUUAAUCAGACAAACUUAGAAUAUUUGUACACACUUAGGAUCUUUUCCCCAGUAAACAACAUAACAUAAGUAUUUGAACAAUAUUGUUGACUUUCUGUAAUUUUAAUGAUUAUAUUACACGAGCACAUACAGCUAAGAUUCAUCGGUAUAUCCUCUACGAUUCUUUAAGACUAUUAUAUCUCUAGUUCGUGCAAGUUUUACUAUUUAUUAAAGCACGAUCAAAUAUACAUUACUACAUA